GCAACAACCAUUCUUUGACAGCUGAAAUCAUCCGCUGUUUUUAUUCGGUGGCUUGUUAUUUACAAAUGUUUUUCGGAUGUUAGUGAAAUAUUAAUAAAUAUUUAUGAAAUAUGUCCAAACCUAAGAAGUCACGAAAAAAUAGAAGCACCGACGAUGAUGUACACUCCGAAAACAGCGACAGCGAUAUUCACAAUUCUGAGGCAGAGUCAAGGCAUCACGAGCACAAAAAAACUGCCAAAAGUGGCUUAAAACAUUCAAGCAAGAAAAAUCGAUCCAGUAGCAGUAGCUCCAGUUCAACUUCUGCAAGUGAAUCGUCAGAUUCGUCUGAGGAGCCCAAGGCAUCUAAACGGAAGGAGAAUGAUGGCAAUAAACAACGGGAACGUAGUACUGGGCGGGUUGAACGAAAGCAGCGGCAACGCACGCGUAGCCGGGAGCGUGAAGAGCUGAGUAGUGGAGACGAGCCAAAUGUUUCCAAAUGGGACAGUCCUGAGCGGCGGGCACGGCAACGUAGCAGAAGUCGACAACGGCGAAAGCACAGCAGAGAGCGAGAAAGGAGUGAAGAACGUGAUGCAGGACAGUCGCGGGGUGAUCGUUAUGAACGCGGAAAUAGAUCGCGGGGUGAAUACGCAGGUAGAGAGCGUUUCCCUUACAGGCGUGAUUACCACGAACGUUAUGAUAAUAGAAAUCACAAUGAGCGAUGGAGAGAUGAACGAUUUAAAAGGAGCGACCGUUACAACGAUCGCAGGGAAAACAGUCGAAGUCCGCGACAACCUAGACCGCGUGGCAGAUCGCCAGGAGACGACAGAAGUAAGCGUGAACCUAGAGAUCACUCAAGAAAACAGCACUCGCCGUCAAGACGUGGACGUCCGCGGCGCAGAAAUUCACGUGAAGACGAUAGCAAAAAUUAUGAAUGGGGAGGUAAAAGUGCAGCUGAUAAGCACCAUGGCUUAUCGUCAAAAACAGAACCUGUUGAAAAAGAAAAACCCAAUUUUGGCCUAAGUGGCGCGUUAUUGGAAGACACGAAUAAAGUUAAUGGAGUAGUUGUCAAAUAUGCUGAACCACCAGAGGCACGAAAACCAAAACGCCGUUGGCGUUUAUACCCAUUCAAGGGGGAAACGGCACUACCAACACUGCACAUACAUAGACAAAGCUGCUUUUUGGUGGGACGAGAUCGCAAAGUAGCUGAUUUAGCUGUUGAUCAUCCUAGUUGUUCAAAGCAGCAUGCAGCUUUACAAUAUCGGCUAGUGCCAUUCGAACGCGAGGAUGGCACACAAGGUAAACGUGUGCGGCUCUAUCUUAUUGAUCUAGAAUCGGCUAAUGGCACAUUUUUAAAUAACAAGAAAAUUGACCCGCGUAAAUAUUAUGAGAUAAUGGAAAAGGAUGUUAUUAAAUUUGGUUUUAGUACGCGGGAAUAUGUACUAUUGCAUGAGAAUAGCAAAGAAGAUCAAGAGGAUGACGAUGUAUUUGUUAAGCCGGAACCGGAAGAUAUACCAGACGGACCCAAUCCCUAAGUGAAUUGUGACACCAUCAUGGAGAUUUGCGAUUUCAUAGAAAUGUAAGGGACAUUGCAUCAUAUAUUAGUUAUUACAUAUGUAUAUAUGUGACGACUUUCCAUUUAAAAGAAUUUUUAAUAAUGUUUGCAUGAAAUAAGAAAACAAGUUUAAUAUUGUA